GCCUUACUCUCCAGUGACCCUUUGCCUCCUGGUUCCGUGGCUUCUGUCCUCCCCGUUUCCUGGACAAGAUGUUCCUGGUGGGCCUGACGGGGGGCAUUGCCUCAGGCAAGAGCUCAGUGGUCCAGGUGUUCCGGCAACUGGGCUGCGCAGUGAUUGAUCUGGACGUCAUUGCCCGGCAUGUGGUCCAGCCAGGAUACCCUGCCCACCAGCGCAUUGUGGAGGCCUUUGGCACUGAGGUCUUGCUGGAGAAUGGUGACAUCAACCGCAAGGUUCUGGGGGACCUGAUAUUUAACCAGCCUGACCUACGGCAGCUGCUCAGUGCCAUCACCCACCCUGAGAUCCGCAAGGAAAUGAUGAAGGAGACCUUCAAGUACUUCCUCCAGGGAUACCGCUAUGUGAUUCUGGACAUCCCCCUGCUCUUUGAGACCAAGAAGCUGCUCAAGUACAUGAAACACACGGUGGUGGUGUACUGCGACCGGGACACGCAGCUGAAGCGGCUCAUGCAGCGGAACAACCUGAGCCACGAGGAUGCCGAGGCCCGCAUCUCGGCCCAGCUGCCCCUGAAGGACAAAGCCCGCAUGGCCCACCAUGUUUUGGACAACUCGGGUGAGUGGAGCAUCACCAAACACCAGGUGAUCCUCCUGCACGCUGAGCUGGAAUGUUCCCUGGAGUACCUCCCACUGAGGCUCGGCAUCCUCACAGGCCUGGCUGGCAUCGCUGGCCUCCUCUACCUGCUCACCCGCUACCUCCUGCCUUCCCCCUAGCGGGGCACUCCAAGGCAGGAACCCC